AUGGCGUGCAAAAUGUCAUGGCAUAAAAGGUUAUGCCUAACAACUUACAUCAAGGGUGGCAGCAAAAUUGCAGUAGAUUGGUUUAUGAAGAAAAACAGCGGCAUUCCAAAUAUGUUCAGCUACAAAGAUCUGAAAGCCGCCACAAACAAUUUCUCCACUGAGAUCGGCAGAGGAGGAUUCGGCUGCGUAUACAGAGGAACUCUAAAAGACGGCACAAAAGUGGCCGUAAAACGCCUCCACAGCGCCGCCGGCGGCGCCGUCGACGAAUUUGUUGCAGAAGUGACGGCGCUGGCCUCCCUCAACCAUUCAAAUCUGGUCCGCUUGCAUGGCCUCUGCGCCGACAAUUCUCGUUAUCUGCUGGUCUACGAAUUCAUGCAAAAUGGGUCCCUUCACGACUGGCUCUUCGAUUCGAACAGAGAAUCACUCGACUGGAAGACCCGCCAUUCAAUUGCGCUUCAGACUGCCCGUGGCCUCCAAUAUUUGCACCAGGAUUCGAAUUCUCGAGUACUUCAUUUAGACAUAAAGCCCCAAAACAUCCUGCUUGAUGAGAAUUUCACUGCAAAGGUGGCAGAUUUUGGGUUAGCCAGAGUUCUGAGUAAGGAUCAAAGCCGGAUUGUGACGGUUCAUGUCAGAGGAACGCCUGGGUAUAUUGCCCCUGAAUCUGUUUUGGAUUACAAAAUCACUGCUAAAAGUGACGUUUUUAGCUAUGGAAUGGUGCUUCUUGAGAUUGUGAGCGGGCGAAGAGUUGUGGAUAAGUCUGAGAUCUGUGAGCAGUGGUAUUUGCCUUCGAUUGCGUUGGGAAAGAUGAAAGAGGGGAAAUUGGCAGAUCUGUUUGAUAGUCGAAUUGGGUCGGUUUCUGCAGAGGCAGGGAAGGUUUUGGAGAGAAUGAUUAAGUUGGGUAUCUGGUGUGCUCAGAGUAAUUCGGCCUUAAGGCCGAGUAUGAGUAGUGUGGUGCAGAUUCUUGAGGGAAAUGUUGAGCUUUUGGAUCCGCCUGUUGAUUUUGAGUUUUCGUUUGGUCCGAUUUGUGAAGAGGGGGAGAGUUUCAAGAUAUGGGAGAAAACGUCUUCCAUGGAUCGAACACAGUGCUCCUCUUCUUCUUCUUCUUGCGUUAUGCCUGCUGAGGAUACAAGAACAGUGAAGUUUGAGCAUGGAAGAGAUUAA